AUGGUGGCCUUUCUGAAGCACCUUCGAAUCGACCAUGGCGAGAUGCCGUCUUGCGACCGGACACCACCUCUCACGCCCAAGACGCCGACGCCGAUGAGUCCGCCGAUGACGCCCUGUUCGCCUUUCGACCUCAAAGCUACCGCUUUCUGCUUCCGAAAAGGUGAGAAUUGUUUCAAAAUAGAUAAUAUUCAUAGGCAGAACAGCUACUUCAAAAAAAGACAUUAAGAAGUCAGAAAAAGAUGAGACUUUGUACAGUGUAAUGACUGCGAAACCGCUAAUUAUCGAGUGAAACUGAAGUAGAGGGAUAUUAGAUGAAAAAGAGCACUUAGAGACCAAACCGUUUCAAACCGAUGAAGAACGGAAAUUUUGCAGGCCCAGUCCGUUCUGUGAUUUACCAGCCGCAAGGACAUCCAAAACAAGCCGUCAUCGAUGGCGAAAUCUGGCCUCCGAUUUUCAAGCCAAAAAACGUUCGGUGAGACUUUACGUCGUUUCAUUGUUCAUGAAAGCAACUGCAGCUCUGCAAAAGCAAUGCCGAUGCUCGAAACCGACGUGAUGAUCGCCACCUACCCGAAGUGCGGCACAACUUGGCUGCAGCACAUCUGUUCCCAACUGAUGAAGGGUGACCGUUACAAAGCAGGGAAAGGAAAUGGUUUGAAGGGUGUCACGAGAAGCAAUCAGAUAACAAGUUAAGAGCUUUGCAUGCAGAGCCCGAUGAUUGAACGAAUGGGAGCCGCGUUUGCUGCCGCGAUCCAGCACCCUCGAGUUCUCAAGGUGCACCCUUCCCGAUUCAUCAUAUCAAUAUGUUGUUUCAGACGCACUUCAAGCACCAGAACAUACCCAAGAGCCCCGUUUCCAAGUACAUCUACUGCGUGCGCAACCCGAAAGACUGUCUCACAAGGUGCAUCAAUUGACUCUGACUCCAACAAUACCCAUUUCAGCUACUAUCACCACAAUCGCAACUUCAAGAUCUACAACUGGGCAAGUGGCACUUGGGACGUCUUCGUCGACUUGUUCCUGUCAGGCCAGCUCGCCUUCGGAGACUAUUUCGACCAUCUCUUCUCCUGGCUGCCUUUCCUCAAUGAUCCUAACGUUCUGUUCCUGAAGUACGAGGACAUGGUCGCCGAUCUUGAGGGCUCUAUCUUCAAGGUUCUGAACCGACCGAAUAUUCAAAGCAAUAUUUGAGUACAGAUUGGACAAUUCUUGGGCGGCGAAGCAGAGGUCAUGGUUCAAGACCAGGCUCGUCUAAGAGAGAUUGUCGACAACAGUACCAUCGACGCCAUGAAGAAAGAUCAACGCCGUUGGUUUCCCGAAAACCAGUUGUAUGUUUGAGACAUUUUUUCUUUCAUUCUAAUGGUUUUUUUUCCGAUUUUUUUAUUCUUUUGUAAAAAAGUAACUAUAACAGGUGAUGUUUUUUAAUUGUUGAAGAAAUGCUUACAGUAGAUACAUCCAAAAAAGACUUAUUAAGAUUCCAUGUUGUACAGGCACAAGAGCGAGUUCAUUCGCAAAGGCGGAAGCCGUGACUGGAAGAAUCAUUUUACAAGAGAGCAAAGCGACCGUCUGGACGCCAUUUUCAAGUCUCGAAUGGCUGGAACCGCUGCAGAAACGUCUGUUGUUUCUUACAUUGAGGGGAUUAUUGAAUGAUAAUACUUCGAUUUUCUUCGAUUUCUAUUUUCCCUAGGUAACUCUCUUUGGUACAUACGUGCUUUGUCAUUUUUCUAUGAUCUAAUUGGAGAAGAAAAAGAUGUUAGAGCCAGUUCGGAGUUUUGUGGCAGAAAAAACUUGCGGUUUUUUUACAGUUUGAUUUAUUUCAGUUGGUGGAAGGCAGAGAUGUCAUGGGACGAGCUUCCAGUGAUUGAACUCAACGACCUGCGACUCGACGACGAGUUCGAAGAUGACGUGUCUCAGUCGCGCCGCGACUCUUUCGCGCUGCUGCCGACCAACGAACGUCGCUUUUCGCGUGCGUCGCUGCUCUCGGCCGGCUACGGCUCCGUUUGGUCUUUGGCCUCCAAUCAGCACUGA